GCCAAAGUCGUCUCGCGCCUCGUCCCGUCCGAGCACGCACGCGGGACGCAGCAGCCAACGCGCCGACAGGUAGCAGAGACCGGUCCCGGAGUACGGCACAAGAAGUGGCCGGCGGCCGGCCGGCCUCCUUCAGCACGACGCCCCGAACCACCGGCGAUCCUUCGGAAGCGACACAGCCGUGGACUAAAGCUGGAGCCGGGACAGUGAGCGAGCGUCUGCAACUCCCAGACCGUUACACGAUGUACCGCUGCUGAAGAGCAGCGUUGUCAGCUUGUCCCCGGCGCCAGCAGCAACCUCUGUCAAGAAGAGAUGCCCGAGGCGCCGGCGCCGUGUUCUGUGCCGUCUGUGCGCGUCGUAGAGAAGAGGUGCGACUGCGAGACGGGUCAUCAUCGUCCAGCUGGUUCUCAGGACGUUCCCUUUGACUUCUAGGCGAGCAGCUUUCGAACAAAAAGAAAGCGUUGCGAGUGGGACAACGGGCGAUGUGUGUUGAGGGAAACGCGACCUUAAGGCACCGCGACAACGCCGUCUGCAGAGCGCUUCCUUUGGUCGUCACCAUCGCAACAGCUGGUAAUCGUCGCCACACUAGUCACCCUUGUGAAAGAAUAGCAACCGUGUCGCUUCUGUGCGAGAACAGCGGCAGUGUAGGUCCCUCGUUCCGUUUGGCAUCGUCUUCGCACAGUCGACGACGACGACUGGCUGUUGAGUGUCUGUGGGCGGGCGACCUUAUCCUUUGGUGACGUGGAUUCCACUGCUGUUCUGUUACGUCUGUGCCGAGUUUAGUGAAGGGCCGGUGAACGCGAGUGCGCGUGUCUCUGUGUGUGGAAUACUCGACGAAAGUUAAGCGAUUGUUCACAUUUCGUGCCAAAACGACACGCUUAAAUUUAGAGUGUGCAGGAACAUUGUACCUGGACUUUCCUUCCAGAAGGCGGUCCAGCUGAGCUCGCAUGUAACGGUUGCGCUAGUACGGGUGACCGGCGUUGGAAUCCCGCUAGUUGCGACCCUAGAACUCCUCCUUUCAAGAAAGCGCAAGUGGAAAAGCGACAACCUGCGCCUAACGGAAAGUUGCCAGCAAGGUUUACAGCAGUGACGUGCGUCGCAGACUAGACGGUAAGUCGACGCGGAGGGAAAAAAAAAGUCUCAGUCUACCUGCCAUUGACGACGUUCGCACUUUCUCCGGGAAACGACGACAGCGCUGAAAUUUAAGGCACGAUUUGUGAAUUGACCGUACAAAACGGACAGUCGAUAUAUAUUUUUAUUUCUGGGGCUUUCGUUGAAAGUCGGAGUGUGUGACAGUGAGUGUAUCUCGGAUACUUCGAGGAAAUUGAGCACCAUCGAAGACCGCCACGUGCCCCGGUGACGUCAUAUUCUGCGGACACAAGGAUACUACUCCUUCGAAAAAGGCACAAUCAGUGCGUUCGGCUGAGGACUACCGCACCACGACACACGGGAUUCGAAAGUUUUUUUCCCGUGGACCUAUUCAUCCGCCAGUACAUUCGCCUACCGAGGAUUCCAGUGGAUCGCUUUGGAAGGUUGUUUCAUGCAGGUAACGCAGCCUCACUGGUGAACAAGGAACCAUCAUUUACAAGCGCGGAGCUAAGAGCCGGUGGCAAAGCAAGAGAGAGACAUGCGCAGUCGGCCGGAGGCGCGCAACUCUGCCUGAUCGCGUCCAUGCUGUGCCCCGUCCUGGCGGUGUCGUGGGCGCUGCUGGUGGCGGCGGUGCUUCCUCCCGCUUGCCGGGCCAGGGCCGUCGCGGGAGGAGGCGACGACCCGGAGCGCGCCCGCGCCAUCGAACUCAUCAAGGGCCGCAUACUGGCCGACCUGGGACUGUCCAGAGCGCCCACGGGCCACGGCCGCGGGGCCUCGGACAGCCUGCACAUGGAGCACAUGAUGCGAGUCUACCGGCGCAGCCUCCACCGGCCGCCCGAGGACGGUGGACGGAGGCGAGCUAGGAAAGGACUCUCCCGUGGAGCCGCCAAGGAGGUCACGCACUACUACAGCUUUAAGAGCGAAGGGAGGGUGCUGCAGAUGGCCCGCAAGGGUCGGGCCUCGCUGCAGCACAUCCGCUUCCCCAUCCACAUCGCCAGCGGGCGGCCACGCGCCGCCAACGCCACCGCGCGGAGCUACAGCGUCCGCUACGCGCGGCUCCGGCUGCGCAUGAUGAGCCGGCGGCCCACGCUGGUGCGCAUCUACCAGCUGCUGGAGCCCGGCUGUCCCUCGUGCGACCGGCGGCUCAUCAACAUCCGGCGACUGUCCCGCAAGGGCCGCCACCGGAUGGACGUCGCCGAAGCGGUCCAGUCCUGGAUCGACCGGCCCGACUCGAACCACGGCCUGGACAUCGAGUGCAAGCCGGCGUGCCGGCUGUCGCGCGACUCCGCGCUGGACGUGGAAGUGGCCGAGGUCCUGAACCGGUCUCACCGCAGCUACCGCAACGGGCCCGCGGGCGUGCUGCUGCAGCACCACCGCGCCAUCGACUGCUCGCACGGGCCGGACAACCAGACGGACCUGUGCUGCCGCCACUCGCUCAAGGUGUCCUUCGCCGAGAUCGGCUGGCACUGGGUGGCCGAGCCCAAGGAGUUCGACGCGUACAUGUGCAAGGGACGGUGCCCCAACGACAACCGGAACUUCAACAGCACGCACGCGCUCGUCCAGAGUCUGAUGAGCGAGCGCGCCGACGUGCCGAGCCCGUGCUGCGCGCCCAAGUCGCUCAAGGGACUGAGCCUGUUGUACCAGGACGGGCCCGACUCGGACCUCUAUACCGUGUCUAUGCAGCAGGGCAUGGUGGUCGAGGAAUGCGCCUGCCUCUAGAGAGCGGGACGAGCCGCCCACUCCGCGGGGCGCGAACCAAAGAUUACUGUGCGCGUGAAGCCACGGGAUAUGCUUACAUCUGGGCAAGGACGCGGCGGGCCCUGGCCGCGACGGCGAACGAUGGCGCAAAGAGCAGCUGAACGCUUGCGGGCGCAUUGCAGAUGUGCGUUGGCAGCCGGAAGGUACGCUAGUCCUUGUCAGGCUUAGCUCAUAAGAUAGACUAACGUACUAACAUUUAGGAUCUAUAGACAUACGCGAGCCGAUUGGGCACCAAUGGGGAUAUUGACAAAAAGGUAACUGUCGUCCAUCUAUCUUUUCUUGUCGAGUCCAUUGUGCACCGGACGCGAGUUUAACAGUCGGAUAAUACGCUAGUCCUUGUUAGGCUUAAUUUCGAAGAGAUACAAACGUACUUCAUUUCUGGACGUGAACACAAUGGACACCUCAGAGGAUACGAACAAGAGGCAACCGUUACUCGUCAGCAUUCUUAUCAAAAUCAAGGUGGGGGCCGACAGACGGAAACACGUAGUGGGAUAAGCAGAAUGAACAGAGGAAAAACUUCAGGCGUUUCGAUAGGAGGACGCUUUUUUGUCAAAGGCCUUUGGCAAAGUUAGGUCAUCUUAUCGAAACACCAGCUAGCUUGUCUGAAGCACUUCCUUUGUUCAUUCCGCUUAUCCCACUUCUUUGUGGGGUGUCCCACCACGCACACAUUUCUUUUUAAUAGACAACCAACAAAAAGUCACGUCAUUUUCGAGUGCUUGUCUCAAAGGCGUAUGAAAUGCAAUGCAGGCGGAGCUAUACAUGUCAGUCGUGAGAAAGCGUUACCUUGUUUUCAAUGCAAUGCUCUUAUGGAUCAUGUUCGGAGAUUGCGAUGUAGAUCACCUUCAGAAGGGCUCGAUUGCCGCAUAACUAGAGUAUUAGUAAAAGCCAGUCAUCGGUCUAACGAAAAGCGUAUGUCUGCCGGUCAGCCUAAGCCUCGCUGCCAGGGUUCGCCUCGCUUUGCCAAAGAACAACCUUGUUGUCGUCAUUGUCAUUCCCAGUGUGUACAAUCGAAGGACUGUGGAGACAAAUCCAACAACCUAAAGAAGAGAUAAGCAAAUGUCAGCGCACCAGGGUACGGUGUCAUGUUCCUCCCGAGGCGCAUUUCCUAUCAAAGCCUCCUAGUUUCUUCCUCAAACGCUUUUUUUUUUUUCUAGUUGCGCGCGUCGCGCGGCCGUUCUUCUAGUGUUCAAAAUGACCUGUGAUAAAGCGCCGUCUGCCUGGGACGUCGCGACGGGACGUUAGGACGCGCGCGACUUUUUUCUUUUUAGGCAACGGAUUCUUCUUGGUGAAGAGGGGCCUCUAUUCCUAAACACCGCCUGCUCGUGCGCUGUGCAAUUUCUCGCGACAUCUGCAUGCCGUACUUGGCGGAAGUGCGACGUCGUAAAAGCAUACGCUAAUGUAUGCCCUUUCAGUCAUCGUGUUUUCAUCGACGUUUACGGCUCCCCCCUCCCGCCCCAAAUAAACAAGCACAACACUCCAUCUCGCCAGUUCAACGCAGUGGGGCGCGAGCGCGUUCAGUUCUGGACCAAUUAGGAAAGGCCACGCGAUGACGUACAUCUGCACUAUGAGUCACCGCGCCAUCUGGUGUCGUCGUCUGCCACCGUCGCUCUGCAGUGCUUCCUCUCGAAAAACUACUGACGUUUCGUUCCAAAGCUGCUUUUAUCUCCACCUCCCAACCUCACAGGUUUGCGAGCACUGCUUAGAAAGAUAUUCAAAAGUGGAACACCAUCAUCGUGUACAAGAUCGCACAGGACGGCUUUUCUCGCUCCUUUGGCAGUAAUUGCACCACUGCGUAGAUCUCGCGAGAUGGUGUAAUGUGCACAGGGGAGUUUCGACGUUCAUGCUACUGCGUCGUGGCGUCACGAGUGAAGUCAACGAGGUGACACCAAGCGAAGAUACCAGAAACGAAAGUGUAUUGGAUCAUAUGGAGGCACUUUAAACCCCCGUUUUCUCAGUGUGUUAUAUAAAGUAUGCGAGAAAAAAAGUGUCUAUGUUGUUUUCCUGAAGACUGUGUGUGCCAAUAAAAUAAACCACAAGCAUGUUGAA